CAGUGAUUUUUUUUUUUUUUUUCUCCGUGGCCUGGCAACCAGAAGAGGCUUUGGAAAACAGACAGAGCCCCUUAAUAGCAUCCACUCCGUUCUCUUUAGAAGACUUAACAUUUUAAAUCCCAGCAUGUCUUCAAGGACUCUACCGCUGCUCUUUAUUAACCUCGGUGGAGAAAUGUUGUAUAUUCUGGAUCAGCGACUUCGAGCUCAGAACAUACCGGCUGACAAGGCUAAGAAAGAUUCUACAAUUGCUGGAUGGAUAGAGGAGGACAGAAGGAGAGUUAUGAACGACAUCAUCACCACCAUGUUCAACAAAAAGUUCCUGGAGGAGCUUUUUAAACCUCAGGAGCUUUAUUCUAAGAAGGCGCUGAGAACUGUGUUCGACAGGCUGGCCCAUGCAUCCAUAAUGAGACUCAACCAAGCUAGCAUGGACAAGCUCUAUGACCUGAUGACCAUGGCUUUCAAAUAUCAGGUGCUUCUCUGUCCCAGACCAAAGGACAUCCUCCUUGUCUCCUUCAACCACAUGGAUGCAAUCAAAGACUUUGUUAAAGAUACUCCCAGCAUUCUCAGCCAAGUUGACGAAACUUACCAACAGCUCAUAGAGAUGUACACACCUUUAUGUAACGGUGAGUUCCAGCUGAUUAGACAAACGCUGCUUAUCUUUUUUCAAGACAUGCACAUACGAGUUUCAAUUUUCCUGAAGGACAAAGUUCAGAACUCAAACGGUCGCUUUGGUCUUCCCACUAGCGGACCAGUGCCGCACGGAACGCAGGUCCCUGGCCUGAUAAGGAUUUUUAGCUGCACUGGGGAAGAGAAGACCAGGCUGCAGUUCAACAAUGGAGGGAACUACACUUCAGCCAUUCGGGAAGGAUCUUUUGAGAUUUUUGGAGACCGAGUUACAAAGUUAGGCACAAACAUGUAUAGUGUAAGCCGCCCUGUGGAAACUCACAUGUCGGGUACAUCUAAAAGUUCAACCCAGCACACAAAGGUUAACACGGCUCCAAACCCUCUGGCCAAAGAAGAACUGAACAUGUUGGCAAGGCUGAUGGGAGGAUUGGAGGUUCAGAAAGCCGGAAGCUCAGACACCGCCUUCCGAGUAAAUCUGUUUGCCACAGACGAGGAAGAGGAAGAAGCAUUGAUAACAAGACCUGAUGAGCUUUCAUAUGGAAUCAUAAACAUUCAAGCUACAAAGGACCAACAGGUCAGUGCAGAACUGACAAAGAUCAUGGGGGAGUUCACAGACUCUGGACAUCAGUCUCCCAGUUCAAGCAGCAAAGGAGACGACCUUUUGGCUAUGAUGGACGAUCUGUGACACAUUUAGCUCGUCUGCAGGCUUAAAUUGCAAUGUACCUCAAAAGGGUGCACAUUAUUGAGGGUCGGUCAACGGUCUGAAACUGCAAAAGCACCGCUGAAGUGUCACACGCACCCAAAAGACUUUCCUUUAAGGGUGCUUUUAGGAUGCCAGAAUACGCAGACAUGAUAGUCAGAUUGUUGGCUGUAUAUUUCAUUUAACAACAAACAGGUGAGUCUAGGUAUAAAAGGCAUUUGGGGUCUAGCAGUUUGAAAACUGAGACAACCUAAGUGUCAAAAUGUUAAAAAUAAAGAUUAUCAUUGUGUUUAUAUGUCAAUAGGAAAGGAUCUCUUGAUAUUCUAUCAUGAGGCAACUGUUUAUUUACAAUGUGUUGUAUACCUAAUGCACUUUGGCUAAGUUUUACUGACAUAAAUAUUCUUAAUAUCGACAUUUUCCAUCAUGUAGCACAAUAAAAAUUGUGUUUCAAGGAAUUGAUUACAAAACCCUGUCUGUCAUCAAUUUACCUGUUAUGGCCACCUUCACCAGUGUGAUGAGCCUGAGACAAAAAUGUAUAAAUGUUUACCUCUCUAAUAGUUAGAAACUCUGCACAGAUUUUGCACUAAAGUGUUCCUCCUUUUAUCGCUGCAGUUGUUGUUUUCUGCAGGGAUUUCUGCUGAAGCGCCUGCAUAAAGCUUCAGGUCAUAAAGGCAUUUCUAGUUCUCAUUGUGUCCAAAUGCAAUGAAAAUCAGAAAAACUCCCAAUGGCUUCAUUUGAUUGUUUCUUGUCUGAUACGGCAGCAUUUGAUUUCAUUUAGAUUGAUGCCUUGCAUGGGUUAGAAUUGGACCAUUCUUGCCAGUUUAAUUUCUUUGUGUUGUCGAUUCCAGAAAUGACCACAUGAAUAAAUUCAUCAAUCACCAUU